UUCGAAAAAAUAAUACAACAUAACCUUCAGAGCAAAUAUGGAAAUCCGUACUCUGAAAGUCAAUCUACGGAAAAAAAUGUUCAAUAAUUGAAAGUUAUUGAAAUUCAAGGCAUUUGAAAGAAUAAAACGACAGUUUAACAGGUGUUACAUUGAAUUAAUAAAAUAAUUUCAUAAAAGAAGCUAGUUUCCAUAACAACAUGAUUGUAUAAGUAAAAAAAAUUGUCGAAAUUGUAAUUGAGAACCCUAGAAAAUGUGACAACAUCUGUCAAGGUUGAUAAUACAUUGGCAAUAGAGUUUGGAACAAGGGAAGAACAUGGGAAGAUAAAGCUGAAUAUUGACAGCUGAUCACCGGACAUUGCCAACAAGAUAACUGCUCUAGCGAACAGCUGCAAGGCAGAGAAUGCGAUGCUGCGUUACACCCAACGAAGCUCUAUUCGAUUGUUUUUCUAAAGCAGAGAGGUUUGCUUCGUUUUCUGGCCAAAUUAAUCCUUCGUGCUUUCAUGUAAUUCUUUGUUUACAUAUUAAUGUCAAUAGAACUUAUGCCUUUAAUUUAAUGCACAAAGCUUUUGCCUUCGCUCAUAUCACUUAUUGCAGAUUUCGUUGAUUCACUAAGAAUUUCCGUAAAUAUCAUGACCUUUGGAAGUGUUGCCGAAAUCCAAACUCUGCUGCUGCAUCGACUUUCAGUCGCAUUUCUCAUGACUGAUUGAGCCAGUGUCAAGGAGGCUCACUUCGAAUGACAGGUGCGAAAUGUUCCCACUUUAUGCUUUGUUGUAAUGCAUUUCUCUCUUGACAAAGCUGAAAUGUGAUUGAACACACAUUGGAAACGUAAAAAUUGGUAAUUAAAUCAAAUAACAUUGGACUGACUUUAAAAAAUGGCCGUGAUUUGUUACACAUUACUGAAUAUCGGUGUUGCUCCAGUGCACCUGACGAUUUGGAUCACAGCUUGUGUGCUUAUUGCAAUGUUACUGAUCACAGUCAAUACAUAUUUGAUUGUCGCUUUGCAUAAAACGAAACAGAUGAACACAUCAACAAACAAGCUAGUAAAAGCAAUGUCUUUGUCAGACAUAACUGUAGGUGUUUUGGCAUUUCCCCUUCUCAUCAGCUUGCUGUACAAACAGGCUGAAUUGCACAACUGUCACUUGCACCACGCAGUGCAAUACGUAGCAAUAUCAACCGGAUACACGUCGUUCCUUAUGCUUAUACUGAUCGCAUUCGACCGAUUUUUGCAUCUUACCAAACUGAAUGCGUACAAUAAAUUCAUGAACAAGAGGAAGUUAGGAAUGAUGACUCUCGGGACGGCUGUUGCAGCCCAUCUUAUAGCAUUACUCAUUACUCUCACGAAAGGAUCGUUCCAACUGCAAAUUGUUUUAAACAUUGGGAACUUGUUAGGCCUAAUUGGGGUAAAUGUGAUGUACGCAGCCAUUGUGAGAAAAAUCAAGCGAAACAAAAAAGUGAUUGUAGCAAAUCGGUCUUUCAAGACAAAUAUGGCCGUGAUGGAUUCAACAAGAAAGAGGACUGUUGCUGCACAGCAUGCAGACACGAAGCAGUCUCUGAAGCAAAUUCAAAUGCCGGAAGCAGAUGUGGAGAAACAGGAUGCGAGAAAUAUGAAGGGCAAUAUAAGGACUACAGAACAGAUAAACUGCAGCCAGUCAGAAUUGAGCAAGAUACCUCCUUUGUUUGCAAGUAAUUGUAAAGGGCAGGAUGUUGCGGCGAUCAACACAAUAAAACUUACACUUCUUACGAUGUUAUGUCUAUAUUUACCAUACAACUUCGGGUCUUUGGUGGUCACCUACUACAGAUAUUAUCAAGAUAUCGAGCCUGCAGAUGUUUGGAAGGUAUUAUCUGUUUGGUGUUACCUGCUAUUGUUAACAAACGGCGUUAUGAACGCAAUUAUAUUUGUUUACGGCAAUCGAAGACUUCGAGAAUACACCAAGCGAUUACUCAAUAAAGACCCCAUUUAUCCGGCACUAACUUACAACACUGUGGUAAUGGAUAGACGGUCAGCAAAGAGAUGACCGAAACGAAGUUUAGAAUAUUGGGCAGACUGCCUAGAUGAAACCAAUAAAAAUGUAACAUAAAAAGUCUUCUAUUGAUCAAUUGUGUUUUUAUACAUUAUAAGUCCUCUUGCUUUUGGAGGUAAAUACUAUAAACAUGACAGUACAUGCAUUUUGAAAGGAAUUAUAGUAAUAGUUUCUCUUCAGCGGGAGUUCAUUUAGAUAAAUUAUCUGACAACAGGAAGGGACUGCAGCAUGAAAAAAGCAGUUUCUAUUUAUAAGGUAUAUCAAAUUAUAUCAGCAUAUUAUGUUAGGCGAUUAUGGCCUAGACUUCCCAGAAAGUUGAUUUGUUUCCGCUGAGCUCACUUCCAGUCUCUUGCAGCAAAUGCAGUUGCUCUAGGCGAAGGUUAUUGUAGACGCAGCACGGGCAGGCAGCCGGGAUAGCUGCGUGUGUCUGCGUGUAAUAACGAAGAAGCACAUUGGCUGUUCCUGGCAGAGGCUUCGGUAGCCCUUGAACUCUUUGUACAAACUCUGGCAAAAUAACAUCUUCUAUAUAAUACUUUGGAAAAUUGUGAUUACAGGUAAAAACAACAGAGUCGUAUCCGAUGCCCCCAUGCGCAUGGGUCCCACUUUUUCUCUGCCAGGCAGACGAGGCUCGUAGUCCUGAUGAGGCUGCCGAAACUGUAGCUGCAGUAACGCUGGAAAGAAAGAUGCAGUUUCGCCGCUGUUGAAGUUUCAGUCUGUUUUCGAUGAUUUGCUUUAAAUUUGAGUCAAAAUUUUCAGGCAAAGAGUUGCUAGUCAAUUCAUCAUUAGGCGUACUUAAGCUGUCACCAACGCAGCUGCUCUCAAAUGGUUGUAUCAAGAAAUUGUAGCUUCUGCUCCCUAGGGAUAUUUCAUCAAUAAUAGAUGCUGUUAAUGAGUUGAGAAAGCUAGGACUUAGCUGCAAUUCAAAAGCCUGGGGAAGAGUCUUGGAAGAAAGAACAAGCUGAACAGAAAACGGCAAGCUUUCCACAUUUAUUUGGCCACUGUAAGAAAAAAAAAGAAAAGCCAGCAUAAUUUGCAAAUCGCAAAAUAUAAGGAUAGGGGUGUACCGGAUCAGGAUUUUCAGAAUCCGGUAGGAACCGGAUUUACCGGAUUUCUUCGUGGAAUAUCCGGCCGGAUUUUACCGGAUAAUCUGGCCAUUUAUGGAUUUUUGAGUAAUAAAAAGUUUUGACCCACUUUGCGAAGAAAUGUAUAGCGAGAAGAUCAAAGAAACCCAUUCAGGGUUGCCGGAUUGAAUUUACAAACGAAGGCUAGACUGGUGAGCAAUUUAAGCCAAAAUGCUCAUAAAAAGGCCAAAUCAAAAACUCUCUCAAGAAUCCAUCGAGCAGGCACUGGUUAUAUUUCUACGCUUGUGCCUGUUAGAUAAUUUCAUAACUUAGAUAAGAAUCUUACUUUUUUCCAAAACCCUUUGCUAAUUUCAAGAUAAUAUUUAGGUUAGGUGAUAAAAUUUGAAAUUUGGUUAACACUUUGUAGUUAACUACUAAUUCCAUGAAUGUAGUAAUUACUCAUUAAUUUUGGACGUCUGCUGAAAAGGCCAACAAGGUCAAAUUUAAGUAGUAAGCAAAAGAACAAUUUUUCAAGGCAAUCUAAAUCCAAAAACCAAAAAUGAAAAAUUUGGCUAAAAAGACAAUCUGGCAACCCUGGACCAAAUUUGCGAAUUAUAACAUCCAGCCUACCGUAUAUCCGGUACAUCCCUAUAUAAGGACAUGUUCUUAAAAAUAAGUAUUAACAAAAAACGUUUUGCUAAAAAAGAGAGACAAGUAAAGCCCAGCCCAUUUAUAUAUUCUUCGGUAUCAAACGAACAAGAAAGUGUGGGUAAUUUUUAAACUGAAGCAAAGAGUUACUUUGUAGCCAAAGGAUUUAUAUAAGCAAGUAGUUACUUUGGAGACAUCUUUCAUUAUUGUGACUUUGUCAAGAGAGAUUAAGAAUACAUGCAUACACUUAUGGGCAUGCUAUUAUAUACGAUAAUGCAAUUGCCUCUUUAACGAUUAUACAAUAAAUUUAUCCUGAGGCAUUCUGUGCAAAUUGACAAAGUUGAAAGACAACUUAUCAUUACUACUUAUUCACUUAACAUUAUUUAUUGCAAGACAAUGUAUCAAUAGCACCAUCGAAAAAGUAAACUGACAAAUUUAACAGCAACACAUCCAAGGGAUAAAAAAGACACAAUAAGAGCUAAUGAAUGAAAAAAUAAAUGAAAAACUACCUGAAUAGAACGACUGCUAAAACUGGUGCCAGAAAGGAUGUCUUCUUGAUCAGGCAGUCCUCGAUAUCUUUUAAGGGCACCAAGAAGUCGCAACUUGCUUGGAACAGCUAUGGCAAAGAAGGAGGGAUUAGGGCAAAGUUAUUGCAAAAAAAGAUGAGUGGUUUGAGAGGGUUUGUUGAAAGGGCUGGUUGGCUGAGAAAGACUUCUUAAGAGGUGGGGUUUAGUUUAAGGCUUGGGGGUCGGGGAAUGUAGUGCACCGGAUAAUGCAAAACAACGGAUUUUGGUAACAACAAAACGAAUCCGACGCGUACUCGUUGUCACAGACUAUUUUCAUGGAACACUGCAGGAUUUCAUUCCAGUUUAAAUUGGAAAUCAUCAUCUACAAAAGCGUGACUAACCUCCAGUGAAAUUCUUUGGACAAAGCUCUUGCAAAAGCAACGUCAAGCAACUGAUGUCGCCAAAACAAUAUUGGACAGAAGAGAAGUACAAUCUUUCAAAAUGUAGCAAGCCUAUCAAACAAUUUUAGCUGUAAGGUGGUUAAAAUAUCAAAGGCUUUUAUAAAAAUGAAAACAGUUUCAGCUCCCAAUUUGUUCUGCAUGGACAGUCUUGAAAUGCUAUAAGGCAAUAAUCAAUAGAUUUACGAAAAAUUACCUCAAAGACAAAGGAAACCAACGCAGACAUAUCGUUUGUGACAUCCCCAUUGUCAGAGUGAAGAUCUUCAAUGGAACUAGAUUUCAAAUAUUAUAAAAAAAGAACUUUAAAUAUGAUGGCAUCAGUGUAAAGAAAGGUGCUUUGUCUGCAUAAAAACAUGUUAGUAACGCAAGGAGCGAGGGUCAACUAAUAGCAGCUCAAUGUAAGAGUCUUGAGGUGCUCCAAAAUAAACGAAUUUCACAUUUUGAUACCCAAAUAUUUUUGAAAAGCCAGAAAAUUAUGCGUUAUAGUAACUAAAAAUAAGUGAAAAGCAAAGGGUUGCAUCAUAUACCCACAUGGUUGCAGUCAGUCGCACUGCAAAAAUGAAGGUCCAUGUGACGACCAAAAAGGAAUGUUUUGAACUGAACGUAGAUUAGAACAGAAAAACAUGAAACUUAUUGCUCACAAACCCUUUUUACACAAAUGUCAUUUUUUGGACUGAAGCCUGACGUUUCCUGUGAACUGCUAUCGUGGCUUUAUAAGAAUUUCGCUGCACAAAUCGCAUGGCUAAAAGUUUUCAAUUGAAACAUAUAGAUUUUGAUGUGCUGAAUUCAAACUACGAGACAUGGAGCAAAUGCCAGAAAAUGCUGGGAAAUAAAAAUGAUGUCAGCGAAUUCGCCGAGCGUGUUUCCGUUCAGAGGGAAGCUGUGUUUUGCUGAGAAGUUGAUCUCCUUUCAACUUUCAAAAUUUCGCUGGCGAAUUCGCCCACACCCGGAAA